GGAGCACGGGCAGUUCACUGCUGGCUAACUGGUCGGAGAAGUCGGCGAAAUCGAGUCUGAGCACGACGGCACGGUUCAUCGAGAGAAACGUGGUCGAGAGCGAGCGACGCCGAAUUAAGAGUUUCGGGAGCGCACACGUGCACGCGUACGCACACGUACACGCGCGAACGAGAGCUACCUUGCCGGCCCACCUAUCGGGGAACAAUCACGGAUAUAUUCGCGCGUGUAUACCGGUCAGGUGCGCGAAACCGUAGCCGUAGUGGAAGCCCGGUGCGAUUCGGAGUUUGGCAAGCUGAUCGAGUCGGUAUCGAUACUUGGCGGUGAUCGCUUCGAUCCAGGAUGAUCGUCGUUGCGUGGUCCCUCUUCGUCAUGGUUUCCUUGCUCAUCGCCACCAACCAGGCCUUCGUAUCCGCUCCUCUGCCAGUUCACGGAAUGGCGAGUUACGAUGUGACUGGAGCUCAGCGACGAUCAGAGAGCAGCGAGGUGAUUCAUAAGGCGAACAACCACGAAUCGACGAACGACGAUCGCGACGAGCAGGCGGUGUACGUAAUCGAGUUCGAGUCCGAGUCGAACGAGAAAGAAGAAAGUCAGCAGAGCAAAGGAAAGGACGUGGAUUCUGACGACGGAGACGGCCACAAUCCUUUGGACCCGUGGUCGAUCGUUUGGUACAUCGGCUCGUUCGGAGGUCUGGUGGCCUUUUUCCUGAUAGUGAGUUGCUCCGAGUGGUGUUGUCGUCGCGGCGGCCGAUCGUUGACGGUGCCUUACGCGCAAAGGCCGGAAGUGAUGAACGGCGGACAGGUCGUCACCGAGACACCGCCGCCGCCUUAUCAUCUGUUCGCUCCUCCACCGUACGAUUCCGUAAACUACGGGGAGAUCAUCGACAAGACUUCCGGGGAGAAGGUGGACAUUUACGUGAUAUCGGUGCCGAUCCACAGGCCGGUGGUGCAGGCUCCAGCCUAGAGACGUUCCCGGAGACGUCCUCGAGACGAGGAUUCGGGCCAAUCGAUAUCGAACGACAUCGACCGUGUCGAAAUCUCCUGACGAUCGUUCGUCGAACGAAUGGAGGACCGACGAUGCCGCGUCUCUUCCGAAAAAAAAAACAAACAAACAAAAACAGUUGUUUAAUUACACGUAACGGGGUCUAGAUAGUUCCAACUAUCCACGUAUACCAUUUGACAAUCGUCUGUCGAUCGAUGCCGAUCUUGAUCGCCGAUCUUGAUCGCCGAUCGACGAUCUCGGCGGAUAGACGAAUCAAGGAGGCACGCGAGACGAGCACGAAUCGCUUGAACGUCGAGUACAACCGGGAACCAACGACGAAGACCCGAGCGUAACGAUAUUUCGGCGUAUUAACGAGAGAACGAUAGGUGUUCUCGAUGACCGCGAAACGAAGAAUCGUCCGUGACCGGUUUUACGAAGAGCAACCGUCGACGGAACUUCGAGAACCAAGUUCUCGUCGACGGAGACGUCGUCGAAAGCUUCGAAUCUCUGCGGCGAACGAUGGAAAAUCGACUGUACCGGGUACAGUGUACCCCGAACUCGAGGAAUCGGGGAGAACUGGUUCAGGGAUUGUUCGGAAACGAGUUCCGGAAUGAUUCGUGACAAGAGAGGAUGAACGAGCAACUUGAAUGUUGUAUGAUACUUUGAACGAUUGAACUCCAGCGACGUUCUCUGUGAUAUUUUUCGUGGAACGAGCUGAAGCGGCAUUUUAAACGAGCGUUGUACAGACGUCGUGGAACUAUUUACAGUGAUUACGAACUGCGGUGAAUUAUAUGAUAUAUCUGACGAGAGAAGAAGAAUCGGGUGCCCGAUUUCUAUGUUGUCGCACGCUGUCGUUAAGCUAGAAGACUAGAAUCAAUCUCGAUGCGCGGGAGUCACGGAUUUCAUUCGGCGAAAUGACUAGUCCAAUCGCUGCCUUGAUCGAUAUUGGAAUAUUCUAUCUUUCCAGGUUAACGUCGUAGUCGAUCGCAAACAGAAACUGCCAUAUUUUCGUACGUCGCGUCGUUAUCUCUCCGAAACUCUGCGCGUCGGAUCGGCCAUUCUUACACGAUGCCACUCUCGAAGAAUUUUUAAGGAGCAACGCACAAGCGACUUUAAUAUUGCCCUGGCGAAGCGGACAUUUUUUUUUUUUCUACGUUCGUACAUCGAUAGUCGGAUACGCUGGGUGUAGCGUUUAUUCGGAUCGUGGGACAUUUCUAAACGGAUACUGGUUAUUCGUUCAACCGCUCGAAACAACGGAAAGGUUUUAUCUUGGUAACGCGUCCGAUACUUUAAACAUUCAAACAGGUUGUAUAAGUUAGAGUAAUGUUUUAUUCGUUUUCCUCGUGUCCAACGUUCCGUCGCAUCGUAGUUUUAUUAUACUUUACUUUAAUAUACGUUUUACUAUACUGUACCGUGUUCAAAUAGAAACCAUGAUAGAAACCUAGAUAGAAACGUGAUACGUAAAAAAAACAGUCUCUUUUGAACAUUUUCCAAAGAAGGAAGCGAGACAAACGCAUCGACAAACUCAUCGACAAACUUCAGAUUUACUCGAAGCUUAGGGUUUUACCCAUAAGAAAAUCUUGAAUAACGUUACUUUGAAAUUUUCUGUAAUCGAUAUCAAAACUCAAUUGCGACAAAAUCCUUGAUAACGCGAUAACUGCUUCGUUGAAAUUUUUCAACCGUAAACGUUUAAACGGUUUCCAAAUUUUUUCGAAGGGACGUUACGCACUGUUAUUAAAGGUUGCGAAGAUAAAAUAACUCGUAAUUGUACCCCCUGCACGUGAUAUUGCGUAACACGUUACUAUAGCGCGUUACACGUUACUAUAGCGCGUUACACGAUAUCGUAACACGUUUUACAACCUGAACGAUUUUAUCAGCGGGCACGUGCGCGAGAAGUUCGAGUAAUCUUCGAUAUUGCUACACGCGAUUGACCCCAAUCGGGAUCGUUCCGAGUCCGACAAUUGCAGACGAACGCAAAGUCGGCUGCCAUACGAAGAAUUUAACCGAAGGGGGUCACGAAAACAGUUCGAGCGCUAUAUUCGCGUCUCGGGAGCAAUAUUUGCUAGAAUAAUGAACGUCGUGUAUUCGCGGGACCGUCUGGUUUUAAACGACUUUGCGUGGAAAGCGAAAUCCGAAGUAUUUUUUCUGAUCGCUUCUUCGAUGCGAAAUGCUUCUUACUUCCUUGUUUAAAUGUAAGACGUCUGGUUCGCUGGGAGCCGAACGGAUAAAGAUAGUAUCUAAAAUAUUUUUUAAAAAUGCUGGAUAAAGGCUAGAAAAAAAAAAAAAGAAAUACUCAAAACGCAAAUUAGGGCAUUACGCGAACGUGGAGAUGAGAUGUUUGUGAAAUCUAGUUUGUUUAUGUCGUUACAUUGAUCUCUGCCGUUUAAUGUUAACAAACGAUUAUUAUUCGAAUAAAAACGUGAAAUGAGCGCGGGCGAGAACAAACUGUCUGUUGAAUGUUGAAGAAAUUUAUCCUAAGAUUAAGUACAACGUCAAUUAUAAUAAUGAUUAUUAUUAUUGUUAUCAUUAUUAUUAUUAUUAUUAUUAUUAAUAUUAUUAUUAUUAUUUAUCACUAGUGAUGUUAUUAUCAUUGGAUUCGUAAUUGUAUUCUCGAUGACGAUGGGAAUGCGUUACCAUGAAUUCGCUCUCAUUAAGACUUACAAAGUCGAAGCGUUGUCGCUAUUUAUUUUUUAUACUUUUAUACAUACCGUUUAUACGUGUUUGAAUGUUUCUACGUUCCCAAUAAAAUUUCUUUUCUCACGA